UCAGUUUUCGCUCUUCGACUUUCAUUCUCGCGCCGCCCUCAGCCUGCAAAAUGGAACCAAUUGCCAUUAUCGGCAUAGGGUGUCACCUCCCCGGGGGAAUCAAGUCUGGUGCCCAGUUGUGGGCAUUGAUCAUGUCAAAGAAAAUCGUCAAUACACCAAAAGUGCCAUCAUCCCGAUUCAAUAUAGACGCUCAUUACCAUCAAGACAAUGACCGCCCUGGGAGUUUCAACAUUCCUGGCGGUUAUUUCCUCGAUGAGAAUCCAGAAGACUUUGACCCAACUCUUUUCAGGAUCUCCCCAAUAGAGGCCAUGUGGAUGGAUCCUCAGCAACGGAAGCUCUUGGAGGUUGUUUAUGAGGCAUUCGAAAAUAGCGGCUCCACCUUGAAGGAAGUAGCCCAACAGGUUACAGGAUGCUUUGUUGCUUCUUUCACGAGCGAUUUUCAGCAGAUAGCUUUAAAGGAACCCGACUUUCGACACUCCUAUGCAACUACAGGAAUAGACCCCGGUAUUCUUGGUAAUAGAAUCAGUCAUGUGUUUGAUCUGAAAGGCCCUAGUGUUCUUAUCAACACGGCGUGCUCCUCCUCUAUGUAUGCUCUGGAUAGUGCGUGCUCGGCAAUCGCUCGUGGCGAGUGCGAAGGGGCCGUGGUCGGAGGAGCCAAUUUGAUAUUGACGGUUGACCAACACAUGAACACUGCUAAAUUAGGGGUGCUGUCUCCUACCUCUACGUGCCAUACUUUUGAUGAGGCUGCAGAUGGAUAUGGCCGUGCAGAAGCUGUCGGCGCCUUAUAUAUCAAGAGCUUGAGCGCGGCCUUAAGGGAUGGAAACCCUGUUCGAGCAGUGAUCCGGUCGGUUGCAACCAAUGCUAAUGGACGACAUUCCGACAAUGGAAUUACCUUCCCGAGUCUCCAAGGGCAGGUGGACGUAAUUACUAAAGCACAUCGACUUGCAAAUCUCGACCCACGAUACACAAGCUAUAUCGAAUGCCAUGGAACCGGCACCCAAACUGGAGAUCCAAUUGAAGUGCGUGCGGUCUCUAUGGCGAUGAGGAGCCAGUCUGAUAGGGAAGAUCCAAUCCUAAUCGGAAGUGUCAAACCAAAUAUUGGACAUAGCGAGGCAGCGAGCAGUAUUUGCACGAUCAUAAAAGCUGUACUAGCUUUGGAAAAUGGCAUCAUACCACCAACUGCAGGUAUUAAUACAUUGAAUAAGAAUAUUCAAUGGGACACGCUUAACGUGAAGGUCGUUACAGAGCCAACACCCUUUCCAUCCUUUUUACCCGUGCAGAGAGUUGGUGUGAACGCCUUUGGCUAUGGUGGAACGAAUGGCCAUGUAGUCCUCGAAAGCGUCAAGUCCAUCCUGCCCGACUAUCAUGCUUGCCGAGCCCUUAGUCUUUCAAAUGAAGGACUCCAAAAUGGCUUUCAUCCCGAAGGUAAAGACCGAGCCCACCUCCUCGUAUUCUCGGCGCAUGACCAGCAAACCUUAAAGGGAAACCUGGAAAUCUACAAAAAGGUGUACAACAAAGCUAGACUCUUUGAUAUCGCUCAUACUUUGGCCAAUAGGCGUCCCGUUCACAAGUGCCGCACUUUCACAGUUUGUCGAGAGCAUCAUUAUGAGUCAGAUCUGAGCGUUACGCCAGCUAACAUCUUCAAUCUCGAACGUGAGAGUGUAAUUGCAUUCGCAUUCACUGGCCAGGGCGCACAGUGGGCGCAAAUGGGGACACUCCUUCUUUCUGCAUAUCCAUCUUUUCUUGCCACAAUCCGCGAGCUUGAUAGCUGCCUGACCAAUCUCUUUCACCCACCGACAUGGUCUAUCGAAGCCUCCUUGCUGGAGCCAGAAGGUACUAGUCAGAUCUCUAAGCCUGAGCUUUCGCAGCCUCUCUGCACAGCCAUUCAGAUUGCAUUGGUCACUUUGUUGAAACGAUGGGGUGUUACGCCAGUUGCUACGGUCGGCCAUUCCUCCGCAGGUGAAAUUGCGGCUGCAUUCUCCGCGGGAUAUAUUACCGCGCGAGAGGCCAUCGUAAUCGCAUACUAUCGUGGAAAAGCAGUAUCUACGUCAAGCUGGCCAGGGGCCAUGCUUGCAGUAGGCUUAGGAGCAGAUCAACUUCAAGAAUACAUGGAAAAUUAUCAACACCGCUUAGUGGUUGCCUGCCACAAUUCACCACAUAGCUCCACAGUCAGUGGAGACGCAGACGCAAUUCAAGAAUUGAAAGCAACGCUAGAUUCAUCCAGCGUCUUCGCCAGGAUCGUCAAGACGGGUGGCCAAGCCUACCACUCGCACCACAUGAAGAGUGUCGCUGCAAGAUAUCUGCCUUACCUUCAACUAGAACGAAAAACCUUAGUUGGACUCCAACGGAAACCGGCAGCAGUAAUGUUCUCGACUGUCCACGGUUGCUCAGCGACUCCUGAACAGCUGGAUAACGAAUAUUGGUGCCAAAAUUUGACCAGCCCAGUUCUAUUCAGCCAAGCAAUUCAGAAGAUGCUCGUAGAUCAUCCGAAAGUAAACAUUGUAGUCGAGAUUGGACCUCAUUCUACCUUUUCAGGGCCUAUGCGCCAAAUUUUUGCCAAGGCAAAUCAUCAUCAGGUUGAGUACCUAUCGACUUUAAAGCGUAAAGAAGACGACUGUACAGCGCUGCUGAAGUUGGCCGGUAAUCUGUGGACUCGAAAUGCCCCUAUUGAUCUGAAAGCAGUCACAAGUCUCGAGAUCCAUGGAAAAGAUGAAACAAUUUUAACAAAACGUGGGACGCUGUUAGUCGAUCUACCACCUUACAAGUGGAACUACACGAAAACUCUACAGGCCGAGGGGAGACAUAGCAAAGAACACAGGUUCGCACCCAAUCCUCGCCAUGACAUUCUCGGGAGGAAGGUCCUCGGGACAACCACCUUGGACCCAGUCUGGCGCAAUAUUCUAAGACACAAAGACUUGCCAUGGCUGAGACAUCAUUCGCUGGGUGCAGAAUCUGUCUUUCCGGCUGCUGGUUACUUUGCUAUGGCAAUUGAGGCAGCCACACAAGCUAAUUUCUACCUCUCCGAGCCUCUUACCAUCUGCGGAUAUACCAUAAGAGACGUGACGAUUGCGUCUGCUCUUGUAAUACCAGACACUGAGGAGGGGGUAGAAACUCUCUUCACAUUACGACAUUCCCAUUUAAAGUCGGACUCGAUCAGAGAUUCUCGCAAAGGCCACUGGUACCUGUUCGCUGUGAGCUCUUUCUCACAUGGAGAAUGGAAAGAACACGCUACUGGAAAGAUUGGUAUCAACAUACGCAACCGAGGCCAGGCACCAUCACCACUCCCACCACUGCCGCUCAAAUCAGCUUAUCGAACGUGGAACGAAAAAUUACGCACCCUAGGCUUCGACUUUGGUUCAACCUUCCAAGGUGCUACGGUCAUUAACACUGACGGAAGGUCGCACGUAGCCUCGUCGGACAUGACAAUCAAGCGAGAUUGCGGCAUGAUGCUUAACGAAUCACGUUAUGUACUUCAUCCUUCCUGCAUUGAUUCCUCUCUCCAACUAUUCAUCGUCGCCAUUUACGCUGGAAAGAUAGACGACGUCGCUUGCGGUACCGUGCUUACCCACUUUUAUGAAGUUUCCAUAUGGCCACCCGCUCCUCACCAACUCAACAAUCCCUCUGCGAGCGUUCGAUCCUGGAUGUCUCAAGGAGGGAACAGGGCCUUUUCUUGCCAUGCCCAACUCGUCAGUCAUGAUGGUGAACUAGUGGCGGAUUUCUCCGGCGUUCGGUGCCUUUCCUACGAAGCCGCCUUGCCCUCAGACUUCCACAAUUCUCAAGGAGAUCUAUAUGCAAAGCUAGAUUGGAAGAUGGACGUCGACUACCUCCGCUAUACAGCCGAUGCUAGCUGUUUAUCACAGUUUACCACAAGUGGCCUCGUAGAUCUAUUUACUCACAAGAACGCGUCCCUCCGAAUUCUCGUCACUGGGACAGAAUUUUUGGAUAAUCUAUGGAGGGCUAGGUCAACCCCGAAAAUCACAGUUAUAGCAACCUCGCAUGAUGAACUCAAGAGCCUCCAAGAAAAAGAUAAAUCCGAAAUGCACCAUAACUUAUGCCUGCUGGAUCUUACAUCAAAUGUCGCCCAACAGCUAGCUGAGCUGGGCAGCUUUGAUCUUUUGGUUUUAGCUGAGAAGAAUGCUCACAAUGUUGGACCGCAGCUUGCAAAUGGCACAAGAAUUUGGCCAGAUAUGGCAAAUACCCUCGAACCGGCCCUGGACUCCAGUGGCUAUCUACUAGUUAUCAGUGAAGAAGAACGUAGGCUUCCCCUGGUCUCCUAUCAUAUCUUGACGUGGCUAAUAAUAGCACCUCAGGUAUAUCGCCACUUUCCGACGCCUUUCCAGACCAAGCUAGCUCUAGUGCUCGAACGUGCUGGCUUUACCAUACGAUCCGACGCGAUCGCCAUGGCCGUUCCUACACCGGGGGAGCUCAUCAUCUCGCUCGCGGAACUUGAAAGCCCCUUGUUCACAUCCAUAACUGAAGACGAACUCCAAGCUCUCCAACGGUUUACCGACGGGAUCUCUUCGAUUGCUUGGGUUACAUCUGGUGGAUUGCUUAAAGGUGAGCGUCCCGAAUACGGCAUGACACAAGGCUGGGCUCGGGUUGUGAGAAAUGAGAAUCAACUCCUCGACCUUGUGACUGUGGACAUUGACACUGCUCCCCAUUCAGAGGAACGGCUGUUUGAGAUUCUUACGGAUAUUGUGGAGCGCUGGGCGUUGAAUAAUGGCACUAGAGAAACCGAAUACUGCAUUGAUGAUGGUGUUGUGUAUAUCGGUCGGCUUCUGCCAGCCGCAAGCAUCAAUGACAGAUUUGUGAAUGGUGCCCAAGAGCUGAAGGCUAUGCGGUUGAAAGAUGUACCGCCACUACGAGGAGAGGUGCGAUCCGGUAAGAUUAUAUUCCAGCACGACGACCGAGUCACGGAACCCCUAGGAGCAGAAGAAAUAGAAAUCGAAGUCCGUGCUAUAGGACUGAAUAAAGAAGAUGCGGAUGUCACCGCUGGCUCGGAUGCAUCCUCUAGUUUCAGCCAUGAAAUUGCUGGUAUUAUUACUCACCUUGGUUCUCUGGUACCGAGGGAAGUCAAGAUCGGGGAUAGAGUAUUCGGCUUUGCUUUUGAUACCAUGGCGACCCUCCAGCGGACCCGGUAUGAUCUAAUUCAGAGCAUCCCUGCCGAACAAGGCUUCGAGCAGAUGGCUACAAUACCUGCUGCUUAUGCUACCGCUCUAUAUGCUCUCGAAGACCUCGCACGGCUUGAGCCUGGAGAAAUAGUAGCUAUCAUCGAUGGAUGCGGUUCUGUUGGUCUUGCUGCGAUGGACGUAUGUAGCCUCCAUAAAGCAGAUGUCAUUGUCAUCACCAAGUCCAGCGAUACUGCCGCUUUCCUGCAGACCUCGGGACGAGAAUACAAAGGCAUUGUCAUUGCCGGACAAGACGACGUUGGAUGUAGUCUCCAAAACUUGACCGCUGGCAAAGGCGUGGAUGUAGUGCUACGCUCGACAUCUGCGGAUAUUUAUCUCGUGGAAGAAUGUUGCAGGAACAUGGCACCGUUCGGGAGAGUUAUCGCGUCCGGAAAGCACUCACAGUCAUCAGUUUUCCAGACGGUGGUGGCCACCCAGCACAACUCAACAUUCACAUUUGAUCUGAGGGAUUUAUAUCGUUUCAAACCUCAGUUAUUGGCAAAGCUUCUGAAAAGAUGCGCGGACCUCCAAGCCUCAGGAAUGAUCCAGCCCAUCUCUCCCCUUCUUCAAAAAUCGCCAGAGGAGAUUACCGAAGCUAUGCGUCUCAUGCCAUCAGAAAUAGGCCAAGGUAAAAUGAUUGUAAGAUACUCCCUUGAAUCAUCAUUUCCGGUCCAACCUCGCCGCCACUCCCUCCUCUUCUCAAACCGAGCAACGUACCUUCUAGUCGGCUGCCUAGGUGGCCUGGGCAGAAGCCUGACAACGUGGAUGAUUUCGCGAGGCGCGAAACACCUGGCAUUUUUGUCACGCAGUGGGGAUGAUAAGACUGAGGCAAGGGAUUUGGUUGCUGAGAUAAGAAAUAUGGGGGUUCAUGUCCAAGUCCUUCGGGCUGAUGUGGCGGAUAAAGAGGGUGUGAAAAGUGCGGUAGCAACGAUAGAUGCACGGUAUCCUGUCAAAGGGGUUGUUAAUGCGGCGGUAGUAUUGAGGGAUACAUUCUUCCACAACAUGACAAUCUCCUCCUGGCACCAAGUUCUCUCGCCAAAAGUCGCCGGCUCGCUCGUCCUACACGAAAUAUUCUCUCAACCGGACGAGGUAGAUUUCUUCGUUAUGACGAGCUCGAUUGCAGCAACGCUUGGUGCUUCGGGUCAGUCCAAUUACGCUGCCGCAAACGCCUUCCUCGACACCCUUGCCCGCCACCGCCGCGCAAACUCCCUCCCCGCAACGUCCCUCAUCCUCCCCGCCAUCACAGGCCUCGGCUACAUCGCCGAGAACCCCGAAAUCGAAGCCUCGAUUCGGCGGAGAGGAAUGGCAUGUAUCGAUGAAGCCGCCAUGCUAAAGGCCUUCGAGAUCGCAAUGAUGCCGGCUGAGGCGCUGGACGAAGAAAUUGAUCAUCUCAUCGCAGGCCUGCAGCCCUCAGAACUUGCGAAAUCGAUUAAAGCUGCAAAGACAGAUGUGAGUUGGAUGUUGGAUCCGCGUUUACGUAGCUUGAAUGCUGCGAUCGCGGCUUUCUCAUCUCAUUCAACUACCUCAUCUGGACCUGGAGCCUGCAGCAUUCUCUCUGUGUUGCAAUCAUGCGUGUCCGACAGUGAUGCUGUUGCAGCGGUAGAGGCGUGUCUUGUGCAGCGGCUAUCGAGGCUGUUGAUGAUUAGUGUGGAGGAAAUUCAAGGCAGUGAGAGGAGUUUGGCUGGUUUUGGACUCGAUAGUAUGAUUGGUGCGGAGUUUAGGAAUUGGGUAUUCAGAGAGUUUGGAUUGGAUUUGCCAUUUCAGCAGUUGUUAGCGGGGAAUCUGACGGUGAGGAGGUUGGCGGUGGAGCUGUGUGCUAGGGUUAGGAGUGGGAGAACGUAG